AUGUUAGUAUUAUUAUAUACCCCACCCCACCUUGACUUUGAUUUUGAAACAUUCCAUGCUCCUAGCCCAAAUGGAACGGAUUCUAGAAAAUCCCACACGCGCAAUUUUCAACCCACCAUUUGCUGUCUAUUAAGGUAUCACGUUCUCACACUUUCUUCUUUCUAACUCCCAACGCUAUUUCUUCAUCACUCACAACUUUAUAUAUUCAUCACGCUCUAUUCUUACCACGUGUCACAAUUACACACGGCUCAAACUAUCUAUAUAUUCAAUUCACUCGCAUGAUGAAACAUUGAAUUCUUGUCCAACAAGAAAGGAAACAACAACAACGUACCAAACACGCUUCAACCUUUAUAAAACUUCUAAAACUAAAAUCACCAUAACAAACAAAACUACACUUCAAAGUUAAAAAAAUAAACUUACCCGGUUUUUCCCGGUACCCGGUCAGCUGCACAAUGAGCAGCAGCAAAAACAACCAAACCGAAACAGCACACUCCCUAGAUUUCAAAAAACUAAAAAUCAUAUCCGCGGUAGGACGCGGCGCCAAAGGCGUCGUGUUUCUGGCGCGAACCGGUAACCGGUCAUCAGACGAGUGCCUUGCUCUGAAAGUAACAUCCAAAGCUCUCUUAGAUCAAAAGAACGCAAAGAACAAUUCAAAAGGCUCUGGAGAAUACAAGAGAGCGUCGUUUGAAGAAGAAGUGCUACGUCGUUUCGAUCAUCCUCUUCUACCACGGUUGCGAGGUGUUUUCGAAACCGAGAGAAUCGUUGGAUUCGCCAUUGAUUAUUGCCAUGGCGGUAACCUCCAUUCUCUCAGAAAGAAACAAACUGAGAAAAUGUUCUCCGAUGAUGCCAUUAGGUUUUACGCUGCUGAAUUGGUUCUUGCAUUGGAGUAUCUUCAUGAGCAAGGAAUAGUGUAUAGAGAUUUGAAACCAGAGAACGUGAUGAUUCAAGAAAACGGUCACAUAAUGCUCGUAGAUUUCGAUCUAUCUACGAAGCUGAAAUCAAAAUCGCCGCCACCUAAAUCACUGAGUAAUGACUCGUCGGAUAGAUCUAAGUCUAACUUAUCAAAAGAGAAACAUGCAAAGAAGCGGUUGAUCUCGCGAUUCUCCCGAUGUAACUCGGGGAUCUCACCGUGUGACUCGGAUUUUGACUCGCAACCAGGUGUGAACUCAGUGAAUAGAAACGAGUCGGAAUCGGUUGAAUCAGUUGAAAAAUCGAACUCGUUCGUUGGAACGGAGGAUUACGUGGCACCUGAAAUCGUACUUGGAAAAGGUCACGGUUUUGAAGUUGAUUGGUGGUCGUUAGGUGUCGUUUUACACGAGAUGCUGUAUGGAACGACGCCGUUUAACGGGACCAAUAGGAAAGAAACGUUUUACAGGAUUUUGUCAAAGGAGCCUGAGUUAACGGGUGAGAAGACGGCGUUAAGGGACUUGAUACGCAGAUUGUUGGAAAAGGAUCCUGACCGUAGGAUCAAGGUGGAUGAGAUCAAGGGUCAUGAUUUCUUUAAAGGAGUUAUGUGGGACAGAGUGGUUGAAUUGGCAAGACCACCUUAUAUUCCUUGUUAUGAAGUUGAGAAUGAAAAUACUAAAGGGUAUAGUAAAAAAUAUGUGGAGGUUUUUGUUCAUGAAGUGUUUUUUCCUGAGGGUGAUGAUAAUAAUGAAGAGAAAAAGAAUAAAAUGGAAGAUAAAACAGGGUGGGUUGAUAAAUUGAGUAAUAGUCUCAAUGAGGAUGAGGAUUUUUUUAUUUUUUGAUAGUUAUUUUUAAAACAUUUAUUUGUACAUUAAAUAUAGUAUUAUUAGGGUUUUUUUGUUA